UUACACAACACAUGCAGUACACAAACUAGAACCUUCACCAUCUAUAAAUAUGUUACGUUCACCUCUCUCUCUCUCUCUCUCUCUCUCUCUCUCUCUCUCUCUCUCUCUCAUAUUAGUAAGGGUUAGAUGAGGAAGCUCAAGUCCUCCUUCAAAUCCUUCCAAGAAGCCAUCACAAGCAUAAAGCCUAUGAACCCCAUAUGCAUUCAAGAGUCUAGAACACACUCCUUUAGAGAUGAUGAUCACAAUUCCAACACCAACUGCAUCUACUCCACCCCUUCCACUUCCUCCUCAUAUGGCCUUUCCAAGCCCAUCCAUUUUACCCACAAACAUACUAACCUAGAGGAGAAUCUCCACAACCACGAUUCCACCAACACACCCAUGACCCACGAGAGGUUCUUCUUCUCCCCCAGCAGUACCAAGUACAUAAUGGAGGAGUGGAAGAAGCUCGAAGUCGAAGCGGUCGCGGCGAAUGCCGAGUUAUCUUUCUUCAAGGAGAGCGUGAUAACUGCGAUGGCGUCGGACGACCCGUACCAGGACUUUCGAGAGUCGAUGAAGGAGAUGGUGGAGGCGCACAGGCUGAAAGAGUGGCCGCAGCUAGAGGAGCUGCUGCAUUGCUACUUGAGUUUGAAUGAGAAGGAGACUCACAAGAUUAUAAUACUUGCUUUUGUUGAUUUGCUCAUGCACAUCAUGUCCCGGGACAAAGAAGGCUUCUCCGCAUCUUUCCCUCUGCCUCGACAUGGAUCUUUUGGGCAAUAUGAUGAGUGUUAACUUCUCCAACUGCUUAGCUUGAUUAACUAUUCUAGUAUAGAAAGGGGAGGAGGAGAAGUGCCACGCCACGACUGCUCGCUUGGUCUUGCUGUCGGGUGUAGUGCUGAUAGAUGAAGUAUUAUCUAAACAGUGGUUCCAUAAGGAAAUAUGAUAUUAAAUUAUCUUUACCACAUUCUUUCUACAAUUAAAGCAAGAGAACCUUAUUGGAGCUUA